UACUUUAUACUGUUCAGUUCACGACUUCCCCAGCAUCUGUCCACCAGGGGGCGAAGCCCGGGAGAGUUUCACGAAUCCAAUCCGCCAUCCACUCUCUUCUCCCGCACCAUGAGCUGAAUCUGUCCGGGACAGACCUGGGAAGAUGGCGGCCACUGACCAGUCCCGGUCCGAAGCUGCCAAACAGCGACGGCAGGAUCAGCUCCAACGUUGGCUGGGCUCGGAGACCGACCAGACGGGCUCGGAAGCCCGCCACACGGCGGAUGGCUCGGGGACACGUCGGGCGAGGGUCCGCUUCGCUCAGGGUGCCGUGUUUAUGGCCGCCUGCUCCGCCGGGGACCGGGAAGAGGUGGCGGCUCUGCUCCGGCAGGGAGCUGACAUCAACCACGCCAACAUUGACGGCCUGACAGCGCUCCACCAGGCCUGCAUUGACGAGAAUGCUGAGAUGGUGCAGUUUCUGGUGGAGAGCGGAAGCAACGUCAACAUAGGUGACAAUGAGGGCUGGAACCCCCUGCACGCUGCGGCAUCCUGUGGCUUCAUCCCAAUCGCAAAAUACUUGAUAGAGCACGGCGCACACGUCGGCGCUGUGAACAGCGAAGGGGACCUUCCUUUGGAUGUGGCCACGGAGGACGCAAUGGAGAGAAUGCUCAAAAGUGAAAUCAAAAAGCAAGGAAUCGAUGUGGACUUGGCUCGGAAGGAGGAAGAGAGGAUCAUGCUCCAGGACGCCAUGGCGGUGCAUGAAGGUGGCGGCACUCUGACGCCUCACCCGAACACCAAGGCAACAGCUCUGCACGUUGCGGCUGCCAAGGGAUACAUUGAAGUUCUAAAGGUGCUGUUACAAUGCGCCGUGGAUGUGGACAGUCGGGACAUCGAUGGUUGGACGCCCCUGCAUGCAGGAGCUCACUGGGGGCAGAAGGAAGUGUGCACGCUGCUUGCAGACCACAUGUGUGAUAUGACCGCCAUCAACAAUGUGGGCCAAACGCCUUUAGAUGUUGCAGACGAGAACCUAGUGGACGCUCUGGAGGAGCUGCAGAAGAAGCAGAAUGCUUUACGUACCGAGAAAGAGAAACAGACUCCUGUCAUCGAGACCAGCCUGCAAAUCGCCACAGUACCAGUUCGCACACGAAGGACUUCUAUUUCGCGCAUGAGCAGUAGGGAAAAAAUCUGCCUCCAUGAGCGGGAGAAGCACCCACCGCCUGCCCUGCAGAACAGCCCGGCCGAGGACGAGGAAGACGAGGGCCAGACCGCACGGAGUCAGUCUCAAAGUCCGCCUAAAGCCUCAAGUAGCUCCAGCUCAGAGGAGGAGAGUGAAUCAGAGAGUGAUGCCGAGUCUGAGAAAGCCAAAAACCGAGAGAUCAUAAACAACUUGAACAACAAACGCAACACCAGCAGCCUCUUUCCUACCUCCAUCCCAGCAAGCACUGCUACAAGCCAAGUUAAAAAGGUACAGUCGGGAUAUCUUCGCUACAUCGCAAGACAACAACGAUUUUAUAUCGUUGCUGCCCAACAGGAAGCAGGCAAGCCCCCAGUGACCGAGGCACCAGGCUCAUGGAGGACAUCACUGCGGAAGGCAGGCAGCUCAGUGACUCUGGGCUCAGCAGGACUGUCCGACUCCAGCUCAGACCAGAACAAGCCGACUGGUUCGAGCCUGGGGAUGACCCGCUCCGCCUCGAGUCCACGUCUCAGCUCUGAAGCCGACCCUAAGGAGCCAAGACUUGCUCGGGUGCCUCCCAUUCCCACCAGGAGGCUUUUCAGUAUUCCAGACAGCAACCCUGACAACUCCAACAGUUGGCUAAGUCGUAGCUCGUCCUACACUCGCCGCUUUCAAAGCCAAUCAGGGAAUGACUUCACUAGCUCCCACCCGUCUUUGUCUCACAGCUCUUCCUACGGAAAGAGACUGGAUGCUGCCAACGUGAACUCAGGUAGCACGGGAACAUGCUCAUCUGGACUCAGUCGACUUAACAGUGCCUUGGCACAGAGACUUCCUCAAGAGCAAACCGAGAAGGAUCAGUCCCCAUCGCUCACGAGCACAAUCCCUCCUGAAUCAGAGGCAAAGCAGAGGCGCAAGUCUUACUUGACACCCGUUCGGGAUGAGGAGGCAGAAGCACAGAGGAAAGCUCGCUCGCGGCACGCACGGCAGUCACGUCGUUCCACUCAGGGGGUGACGCUGACAGAUUUGCAGGAGGCUGAGAAGACCAUGAAGACCAUGAAGCUUGACAACAAAGCGAGAGAAAAGAAGGAAGAGGAUGAGAAGGAGAAGGAAUCAAAGUCUAAGAAGGGAGAUGAAGGGGAAGUGAGCUGGAGGUCUCGGAUAGCCAGCCUGCAGAAGUCCGACCUGCUGGGUCUCACGCAGCCGGCUGGCACCCCGCGGCCUCACCCCGCUGAGAGAAGAGUCACUGAGGCCAGCGUUGGGGAGAGCGAGACUGAGCGAUGGGCCCAGGAGCGCAGGGAGAGGAGACAAGCGCGAGCUAGGAGAAAGGCUCAGAGGAGCGGGGAGCUCGAUGACGAUCCCAGCGGAGAGGAAGAGUUCUCAGGCAGCCGACUGGAUUCACAGUCAGACCUGCACUUGGGUUCCAGGUCCGGUGCACCAUGUAAUGAGGGAGGAGAGAGCAAAGAUUUCAAAAAGCUGUUUGAGGACUUGACCAGAGAAAACAGCCAGCUUCAGACUCAGCUACAGGAGACACAGAGGGUUGUCAGUAAGACGAGGCUGGACCUAGAAAAGGCCACACAGAGACAGGAGCGCUUUACUGACUGUUCAGCGCUGCUGGAUCUCGAAAGAAAGGACCGAAGGAUGCUGGAGCGGCGUAUGGCUGAGCUUGAGGAGGAGCUGAAGGUCCUGGUUGACCUGAGAGCAGACAACCAGCGUCUUAAAGAUGAGAACGGAGCGCUGAUCCGUGUCAUCAGCAAACUCUCCAAGUAGGAGAUGGAGCGAGACACACGAAGCAGGGACGCCUUCGUCCAUCCCGCAGCACACAUACCUCCAAAUGCCAGAGAGCAAGAGGAGGGGGGCAGUAAAAUAUCCCGUGUCUACGUCACAGCUUGACUUGGAUUGCGAUGCCUCUCAAACAGCUGGUGUGGCUGUUGUGUGCCAUGUUGUUUAUAACAUGAAGUGUGAAGAAGCCCACAUUUACCACAGGUGUGCAUCGGGGUCCAGCAUGCACACCAAAUACAUCUUUGAUGCACACGAACACACAGGACCUAUUUUUGGUCUUCAAUCUCCCACUUGGUAUUUAAUUUUUUGGAACACUUUUGCAACACACGUCGUUUUUCUCAGUGGCCGCCCUGACCUCGUGUCAUCAAGCAGGAAAGCGUUUAAGAUUUGUUUCCACGCGCAAGUGUUUGAACGCACCUACCUCUCCACCUAUGCACCCCCUUAUACUCCUAUAUAUACAUCUUAUUUUUGUGACCACACAUACAUACACUCCAUGCUUUUUAUAAAAUACAUUUGCAAAAGACCACAGAUGCAGGGUCCCGGCACUUUACUCUCCGCAAAGCAAUUCAAAAUAUGUCAAAAGAGCCUGAUCAGAAUUUGAAAGCAAGUAGUGGGAGAGGUUGAAGGUGAAAGGUCAUGCACAAUUUUUUUUAAAGUUGAUCUUCAGUCGAAGUCUAUGAAGCUAUGAAUGUUUUUUUUUUUAUCGUGGAUAAAAAAUAGAAAUGUCAUAGUUUUUCAAUGUAAAUUCCUCUCUUUCGAGAGAGCUUGGCUAUGUAUAUUACUUGUGUAUAAAUAUUAGUCUAAUAAUACCCUUUUUCCCAAGUUAAUGUAGCCUACCUUCACUCGUUGGUUUUCUAAUAUAUUAAAUUGAUGUCUUCACCCUGAA